AUUAAACUUUGUGUUAUCAAAUUACACAAUCAAUCAUUCAUUCAUUCCAAGGAGAGAUCGCUUUUGUGCCCCUCUCUCUCUCUCUCUCUCUUUCUUUCACACUCUCUCCUGUUCUUCUCUCUCCUCUGGCACCUCCAAAAGCUUCUUCUGUUUUUUGCACUUUUUCCUUUGUUUGAUUGGAUUCUUUGCUCUAAGCCGCAAAUUGGGAAUUCAUUUUGAAAAGGGCCACUCCUCGUUAGUGUCAGAACAAAGUAGGUGUCUUUGUACCGAUGGCCACUAAUGAAAAUCUUCCACCAAAUGUUAUAAAGCAACUGGCCAAGGAAUUGAAAAAUCUCGAUGAGUCCCCUCCCGAGGGCAUUAAAGUUGUAGUAAACGAUGAUGAUUUUUCAACUAUAUUUGCUGACAUGGAAGGCCCGGUUGGAACUCCUUAUGAGAAUGGAGUUUUCCGCAUGAAGCUUUUGCUCUCUCAUGAUUUUCCUCAUUCUCCACCAAAAGGUUUUUUCCUGACUAAGAUUUUCCAUCCGAACAUUGCAAACAAUGGAGAGAUUUGUGUCAACACACUUAAAAAGGAUUGGAAUCCUAGCCAUGGGUUACGUCAUGUUCUUAUUGUUGUUAGGUGUCUAUUGAUUGAACCAAAUCCAGAAUCAGCUCUAAAUGAACAGGCUGGUAAACUGCUGCUUGAAAAUUAUGACGAGUAUGCUAGACAUGCUAGGCUUUACACUGGAAUCCAUGCAAAAUCAAAGCCCAAAUUCAAGAGUGGAGCUAUCUCUGAAUCAACUACAGCUCUGAAUGUUGAUCAGACAAACACCUCUGUACUUGGUGCUGACGUUAAAACCACUUCAGCGAGUGCUGCAUUGCCACUGCCAGUACCUGCUGCAACAAGAGGAAAUAGUCAGGAACAGGCUGCCACCUCUGUGAUUACUUCUGCUACAGUCAUUUCUACUGCUUCUGCACCUCAGAAGAAGGAAGCAAAAGCUCUGGUGGACAAGAAGAAAAUAGAUGCCAGAAAGAAAAGUUUGAAAAGAUUGUAAUGAAAUUGUUCAACUGUUGAGGUUUUUAUUUGUUGCUUAGUUUUACAAUUCCAUAGAGAAAGAGGAGUGAGUGAAGAUGUGUCCUUCUGGGAAAGAUGGGUUCAACAUUUGCUUUAUACAAUGAAUGAGUUAUUUCCAUUGGGAGUAAAAUGAAUGAAAUUGAACUUCUUGUCUUUGGAAUA